AUGUCCUCCCGCAUCUCGACACCCCCAAUCCGCACACAUUCCUCUCCGUCCCCCGAAAAAUUCACCACCACAACAACCUUACCAAACUUCACAUCCCCAACCUUCGACCCCGCCGAAUACCUCAACGAAGCCCUCCCACCCUUAACUCUCGCCUCCACACAACCCAACGCCUCCCGCGCGCCAGGCUCCGUCCCGCUCACCGAGUUAUCGACGCAGGUACAGGGCGUAGUGUCGAGUGUGAAUGCGCAGAAUGUGAAAUACUCGGGACAGUUGACUACGUUGGUGGAUGAGAUUUUGAGGGGUGGGGGGCGACUGGCAUAUGAGGUUGAGGUGCUUAGGGGGGAGGUGUUGGGGUUGGUGGAUGGGUUGGUUGGGGAAGGAGAUGUUGUGCGUUUUGUACCGGAUCGUGAACGACAAGAGAAAGAGAAAGAGAAAGAAGAGGGAGAGCGGGCGGACAACCAAACCGAACACGACCUAGAAAAACAAGACAAAAAGGAAGAAAAACAAGAUCCCGAUUUUAUAAACAAGCUACGGACCCUCAACGCCGUCCGCUCCCGCCUCGACGAAGUCGUCCACACCUUUGGCUCCGCUAUGGAAUGGCCUCUCCCGCCCUCGGAACUCUCCCUUACAUCCUCGUUUAUUUCGGUCUCCGCGCCGGACCUCGGCCCCGAGAGUCAAUCCCUCGAAGCAAAGGGACAGGAGAUGAUGAAGAAAUUCCGCACGGAGGUUAAUGAGUUGCUGGAUAAUGAGGGGGUUGAGGCUGCGGAGAGGCGGGUGGAGGAGAUUGGGAGGUUGGCGGGGGUGUGGAGGGGGACGGCGGAGGAGAAGGCGAGGGGCAGGUUUGUGGAGGGUUUGUUGAAGAUUGUGGAGGAUAGGCGCAGAGCCUUGGAGGCGGUGCCGGGACAGGCGGUGCCGGGACAGCAGGGUCAACCGGAGAAGAGGAGUGAUGGGAGGACGGGGCAUCGGCGGCAGGAGAGUGAGGGGCCUGGGGGUGGGAUAUUUCGGAAUCUGCAGCGGCUACGGGAGGAGAUAUACCUGGAGUAG